AUGGGCUGGCCGGUAUGUAACACGACCGAGGAGGAUAUGAUCAUUACCGAAGAGCCUCUAUGGGAUGGCCACACUUUCCACCAAGUUGGAUUGGUGAUCGCGGCCAUAUUCAGUCUCAUCGCUGUGAUCGUCUCCUUCUUUCUCAUCUUCAUGCAUGCGACGCAUUACCUGAAACCUUGGGAGCAAAAGCACAUCAUUCGAAUUCUCUUCAUGGUUCCCGUCUACGCGGCGGUCUCCUUCCUAUCGUACUACUACUACAACCACAGCGUCUAUUUUGAAGUCAUUCGAGAUUGUUACGAGGCUUUUGCGAUUGCAUCCUUUUUCAGCCUACUUUGCGCCUACAUCGCUCCCGAUUUGCACCAACAAAAAGUCUAUUUCCGAACCAUCACCCCGAAGAAAUGGAUUUGGCCGAUGAGAUAUUUCCAAACGUGCACUGGAGGCGCGGAGAAGGGCUUCUUGAGAACCCCCCGAAGCGGUCUCACCUGGUUCAAUGUCAUCUGGGUCUCCAUUUUCCAAUACUGUUUCAUCCGGGUGUUUUUCACCUUGGUCGCGGUCAUUACACAGGCGUUCGACAGAUAUUGCCUCGAGUCUCUCAAUCCCGCGUUUUCUCAUGUCUGGGUCAUGGUCUUUGAAGCCAUCGCGGUGACCAUCGCGAUGUACUGCCUCAUUCAAUUCUACGUCCAGAUCCGCGCCGACAUCUCACAACACAAACCCCUGUUAAAAAUCACGGCCAUCAAGUUGGUUAUCUUCCUGAGUUUCUGGCAGACCAUUUGCAUCUCGUUCCUGACCAGUGCCGGGGCGAUCAAACCCACCGACAAAGUCCAGACUCCGGACAUCAAAGUGGGCAUUCCUGCACUGCUUCUGUGUAUCGAAAUGGCCAUUUUCGCUGUUUUCCAUGUCUGGUCAUUCAGUUGGAAGCCAUACACUAUUGGGUCCAAAGAAUACAUGGCCGAGAUCGUCCCGGGCGAGGAAGGUGCUGCACUUUCGUACCAAGGUGGCUUCGGCGGUGUGAAAGCGGUGUUCGACUCCUUCAACGGCUGGGAUAUGCUGAAAGCGACCGGUCGGGCAGCGAAAUGGCUCGUCCGAGAUCGUAAGCGUCGACAUAAUGAUUCGAGCUACGACUUGUCGAGAAAGGACACCCAAGGAAGCGGACAAUUCGGUCCUGACGACCCCAAACUGUCGAAUCUCGGGGGUUCAACUGCGUACACCGGAGCCACUCGACCUCCGCACUACUCUGGUGUCGACGGUGGAGAAGGCGACAAUUUGCUGGCCAACAGUCAAAGCAUACCCAUGUCCCGACCACCCAUUGAACGUAUGCCCAGUGACAGGAGCGAUGGUGGAAAUGAGUACGACGAUACAAGCGACAUUGGCUUAGCAAUAUCAAGUGACGACGACAAAUACACGUCACCAGACCAUCAACCUCCGCAUUCACAGAAUGCACCCUACUCGUCGUCCACGUCAUGGGCCGGUGGUCAAGAAAGCAGCAUCGUCGGCGUCCCUUAUCCCGAUCCUCAACGAGAACGGUUGGGUCAACAUUCGAAUCGAGAAAACAGGGUCUCGAUGCCUUUCAUGCCGCCUCCGCAAAGUUUUGAUCCCCGGAGCCAGAACCAUCACCAUAACGGCAUGGGGAAUUUCUUGUAG